GCGAUAAAUGUAUUUAUGUUCCAUAUUUUAUAUCGUGGCCGAUCGGCUUGGAGCUCUUGGUUUGGUCGGGAAAUUGGCAUGUGAUUGACGUUUAGGCCUCAGCCAUGUGGCUUGCUUUUGGCUGGAGAGUGGGAACAAGACUGCCUUGCGGUUCCCGAAGAUAAAAAUAAAAAUAAAAAUAAAAUUCAAUGUGCUCGGUGUGUGUGUUCGCGCGCGCUCUAAAACACCCACUUGAUGAGCAUUACAAGUUUAGAUACACAAACCAACUGCUAUGUUCGUUUGGCUGUGACUGGUGGCUGGUGCUGAUUUGUUAUGAGAGAACAAUACUGCUGACUGGCUGGUAGCUGAUGGCUGGUGCUGAUUUAGUAUGAGAGAAUAGUACUGCUGGCUGGUUGGCUGACAAGCCAAACGAACACAGCGAUGUGUCACCAAUAGCUGGGUGCAAUUUAUAUUGCACAGGAGUCACAAUUUUUUGAAGUAAAGAAGUCAUUGACAAAGCAACCAACAUCUGUACACACAUCACAGAGAGUCAAAAUGGUUCUCAUUUCCUUCUUCUUCUAGGCGCAAGUAGUGUUCGAAGGAGCUUCGUUGAUAUAUAUAGUUAAAUUUAAAUUGAAGAUCUUUCAUGACCACUCUCUCACACACACACACACCAUGACAUGAUCAUCUUUUUGGACAGUGGACCAAAACACCCUUUCUGAAUCACUGUUACUCGACAGGCCAGUCUCCUACGCAUUGACUUCCUUUUACUAGGCCCCCUAGCCAGUGGCGCCUGCUGGACCUAACAAGACACUCUCAAGAAAAGCAGCCACAUUAGGAAGGUUAGAUCCUAAGCAAGCAUGCCAUUAGGAAAAGAAAGUGCCCGUCUGAGCACGACUCCUUAGCGAGAACACUAUAGGCACCGCGGCACAGAUCUGGCCACGCAUAACAGAGGGAUUAUUGGAGCGAGCCUAACGUUGCAAAGCGUAUUGCCAAGCCGUUGCUAAAAGGCACUGUUUACCUAAAACCCAAGAAAGGGGCGAAAAUGACGUUAUUAUGCGCAGCAAAUAAAGCGCUAGCUUGGGCUCUGUUACAAUAUUUACGGAGUACUCCAUAGAAUUAAUGGUGGAUGCUUAUGGUUUGUUUAAGAAUGAUAAUAAACCAAUUAACUUUGUGAAUUGAUUUUCUUUCUAUACAUACAGCAGAAUUAUCACAAUUAUUGUAGCCGUGAUGAUAGCAACUUUUUAAUCGUGAAGAAAGCAACUGACUGGUGAGUGGUGUGUGUGGUAAUAGGCUGACUUUUGUGUAUUGAUCUUUCUCAUGGGUCACAUAAGCAAUCAUAUUGCGAAAACCUGAUAAUUUAAAAUUAGUUACUAUUUAUAAUUAAAAUAUCGUCCAGUACACCCAUCUAAGAAUUUUGCAGAUUCAGUACAAAAGUUCCGACAGGAAAACUUACCUAAUGGAGAGCUUUAUUUUUUUAAUUAACUUAAGGCCAGCUUUAUUUCCUAUAAAUCCACGGCUUUUAUCAUUUGCGAGAAAAAGGGAGGAGUUAUACUGCAUUCUAAAUUAUCAUGCCUGUGGCCAUAUGUUCCAAGCCAGUCUUGUUUAGGUCAUCUUUUUUUUUUCAGAAAAAGAUAAUUUCCGUGUCGUUUUAAAUUAUGCGCGCCACAUGAUAUACACCAUAUCUUUUUGUUAAAAAAAAGGGUAGCUCCGGUGGUUCAUCCAUCAAGGAAAAGGGUCGGGUUGUGAUUAAUGAAUACAUAUACACUCAAUAAUUGUGACGUUUAAUCUAAGUAAACUGAGACCGGCUCAGGAAUUGAGAUCGCAGGUAGCCAUCAGGACCAGACCACAUGUGUGCAUGCGGUGCACAAGCCAUGACAUGAGGUGGACUCGUGUCAUCGCCAUCGAUCACAUCGCGAUCCCCUUUCGAUCGGAGCGUCCAACCAUAAAUCCAGCUCGCUAAUCAGUCCACUAUUCGGUUAGAAUCGUGCAGCGCAUGGUGGAUGACAAAACUGCUUUUUCGAUGCUUACAAGGAGUUUAAUUUUCCAUAUCUAGCAAUAUUUUGGUGCUAUAUAUAUAUAUAUAUCCAAAAAAUGUUAGGUCGUAAAGUUUUUUUGACAUAAAAAAAGGAGUGCUUGCAUCAAUAUUUGCACCUUCAGCCACUCUUCACGAUAGUACUAGUGAGAUACCAACUCUAAAAUGUAGAGUGAAUAUACUAGUAUGCCUUUUUUUUGUUUCUUCUCUUGUAGAGAAUUCGGAAUAUGAUUUGGGACUUCAUUUCUUUAUUUUAAAUCCUGAAAUGAUGUUUUUUCCCUCGCAAAAAAAUUAAUGAAUUAGGUUGAGAUCACUGCAAUAACGAACUGAUCGAGUACAUGGUGCAAAACAAUUUGGUACCAAUUCAUAUUGGUGUUGGUACAUGAACAAACACCAACUAUAACAAUGUAAACGUGGACAAGUGUGUCCGUUUACACUUGAAUAGCGCUCUAAGCAAGGGUACCGAGUACGGUACUGGUAGAUGACCACAAUUUAGCUAACCUACCCAAGCUCUCCAGAUCCCGUAACCCACAGCUUCAAAUACCAUUUCCCCUGAUAUUUCUGGUAUAUUAAAUUAUUUUUCACCGUUGCAAUUUUCUCCAAUCAUGUUUGCAUCUUCUUAAACUUUUGGUAUGAUAGCUAGAGAAGUAGGGAAUCUAACAUUCCGCUAUCUUCCUUCCGACGUCUGCACACGUGUCGUAUUCGAGCCUAAGUAGUAAUAAAUUGGUUAGAUAAAAACAUAUCCUCAUGUUUUCUUUUGUUUGCUUCUAAAUAUGUACUACCCUUUGACAAUUCCUGUUUCCUACAACUACCAACUCAAGAAAGAACUGUUUCUUUCUUCAACAACCCUAGUGGCCAAAUUCAUAUUUUUUCACAUGCUACCCCACCGAGGAGUUGUUUUCCAAAAUUGGCACUGUCACUCUCAUCCAGUACAAAUAUUUUCAUAAUCAUUUUUUGAUAAAGUUUUUAAGAAAAAGAGAGAAAAGGUCACACCAGCCAGUCUCGCCCUCUGGGACAGCGAGGAGCACACCAGCCAGUCUCGCCCUCUGGGACAGCGAGGAGCGUCAUGGCCACACCGGAGGAUGGGAGGCCACACCCACACAGCCGCAGCAGGCCAGAAGAAUCAGCAGCAGAGCUGCGAGCUGCCCAAGCAAAGAUCCCCAAACCCAAAGCAAGAUACAAAAACGAGCAAAACAACUGCAAAAAAAAAAAAAACUUGAAAAAACUCGGGCAAAAUCCCCCACUUCACUCCUCCCAUGCCUCUCCUCUGCCUCAAACUGUAACACUGCCUCACCAGUUCGCUGCGGCUCCCUCGUCCUCGCAGGCGCGUCGAUCCGGAGGGCGCCCGCCGCCGCCUGCUGGAGCGGAGGCCCGAGCCGGAGCGGGAGCGGGGGCGGCGAAUCUGGAGCCCCGGGGACCUGCAUUGCCGCGGGGCCGCCGCGCGUAGCCAGAUCUCCCUCCCCACCUGCCGCGGCAACGGCACGGCAUGGUGGCUGCCGCGGCGGCGGCCACCGCGCCAGAUCCGGCCCACCCCGCCCGCCCUCCGCUCACGCCGGCGCUUGACAAGCCCAACUCCGCCGCCGCGCGGAGGAACUCGCGCUCCAACAAGCCCGUCUCCUCCAGGUACCUGUCCGCCGCCGCCGCGUCCCCGACCUCCUCCACGUCUUCCUCCGCGUCGUCGUCUUCCUCGUCCUCGUCCCGGCGCUCCCUGUCGGCGCAGCGCACCCGAGCGUCCACUCCGCCGCCGCAGCACUCCACGUCGCCCACCACCACCGCGUCGGCCGCGGCCGCGGCCGCGGCCGCGGCGGCGACGGCUACCGCGACCACGAUGCGGAGCCUCUCGGUGUCGUUCCAGGGGGAGUCCUUCUUCUACAAGACGUCGCGCGCGCCGCGGGCCUCGUCGCCGUCCUCACCCGCUGCGCGGCGCGGGCCCACGCCGGAGCGCCGGAAGAGCGUGUCCUCCGUGCCGGAGGCCGAGAACGCGCGGCCGCACGGCCGAUGGCCCGCGGCCAAGCCCAAGGCGUCGGACCCGCUCGCGCGCAGCCUCGACUGCAGCCUCGACCGCAAGGACUCCAUCCUCGCCGCCGUUCACCUGCUCCGACGCUCCAUGGCCUUCGACUCCACCACAUCGCUCUCCCCGUCCGACCCGGCAGCUGCAGCCGCUCCAGACCUCUCCGCGUCCUCCGACACCGACAGCGUCUCGUCUGGUAGCAACUCGGGCGCCGGUGAUCCCCCGCGCCGUGGCAUCAGCGUGCCGGCGAGGUUCUGGCAGGAAACCAACAGCCGUCUGCGCCGCCUUCCGGAGCCCGGGUUGCCACUACCGUCGUCUGCUCGGAGGUCGUUCUCGGACAGUCCAAUGUCGCCGAGGCUGCCGGGGCGGUCCCCAUCUCCAUGCCGUGGAAGCAGGGGCGUCGCCAGCCCAUCAAGAGGACGUGGUGGGGAGUCAUCGCCAAAUGGGCAUGCGAUGCAAGCUCCCGCAAAUGCGCCAUCUAUCAUCAGCUUUGCUGCAGAGGUCAGGAGGGCGAAGAAGGGGGAAAACAGAAUCGAAGAGGCACACAGGUUGCGGUUGCUGGACAACCGGCAUUUGCAAUGGCGGUGCAUCAAUGCACGGACAGAUGCGUCACUUCUGGUGCAGAGAUUCACUGCCGAGAAAAACCUUCACAGCGCAUGGAAAGAAAUAUCGAGAUUACGUGACAAUGUCAGUUCCAAAAGAUGCAGACUCCAACUUCAGAAACAAAAACUCAAGCUAUUUGCUAUUCUUAGGGGUCAAAUGUCAUAUCUAGAGGACUGGUCUCAUAUAGAAAAACAUCAUUCAAGUGCUUUAUCAGCGGCAAUCAAAGCACUGAAGGCUAGUACUCUUCGUCUUCCGGUUGUUGAUGGUGCAAAGGCUGAUGUGCAUGGUGUGAAGGAAGCUGUUAACUCAGCUGUGGAUGUAAUGCACACGAUGACAUCCUCAAUAUGUAAUUUGCUGUCUAAGGUUGAGGGAACAAGCUCUGUAGUGUCUGAGCUUGCCAAACUUGCAACACAAGAACAAAUGUUGCUGGACCAAUCGAAGGAUCUCAUGUCCACGGUUGCAGCAAUACAUGUCAAAAAGUGUAGUUUGCAAGCUCACAUGCUACAACGAAACCAAAAGCAGAGCCCGGCAGAGUUUUAGAUCAGUUUGCCUCACCACGUUGGGUGGUCACUAACAUCACACGGCCUCGCCUUUUCUCACCGGAGACUGUGCUACAGGUAAUAAAAAGCUGUAACCAUUUGUUGGGUGUGAAGCGUGUCCUAAUCUGCUUGAUCGACCUCACCGAGUGUAGCUGAUUCAUGUAAUUUUUUGAGUGCAUAUCAACCCAUAGAAGCAGCCCCCUCUUUACCUGCAGUCGCUGCAGUUGGUGUAUACAGAAAUCCCUAGCCUUGACCCAAAGAUAAGCUUCCUGUAGAUAUGAAAAAAAAAAGCUUGUCGUUUGCGUGCUUACUCUUACGUGUGGAGUGCUCGAGUGGUGAUGAGUGUUUGUAUUGUGAAAGGCAGACAUUUUGUUGGCUUGAUACAGGGUGUUUUUCAUGGCAAAAUUAACAAGGAGGUUGUUUAUCCUGACUUAA